GAGCCCAUUCUCGGUUUUGGGACAUGAAGAAAGUAAGUUUCGGACGUAUCUCAACUGAAACACAAUUCAACUUUUCUAAAAAAAAAGAAAAGAAAAGAACCUCCGGAACCAGAGACCUGUUCUUCUUUUAUCCUUCCACUAAGGUUGUGCAGAAGCCAGAGAAAAAAAAGGAGUUGUCAUCAUGCCGCUAAUGAUCCUGCCAUUCAUCGGAGCGGUGUCUGUGUCUGAGAGUUUGGUGGCCAUGACGACGGUGUGUCUGGUCUACCUGAUCCUCAAGUUUUUCAAAACCGAGAUUCCCGAAGGGCUCCGUCGGCUACCUGGGCCAAAACCUCUUCCCAUCAUCGGGAACGUGCUGGAAGUGGGCAGCAAGCCUUACCUGAGUCUCACCGCCAUGAGCAAGCGCUACGGCGACGUCUUCCAGAUCCAGAUUGGCAUGCGUCCCGUGGUCGUGCUGAGCGGCAGCGAAACGACCCGGCAGGCCCUCAUCAAGCAAGGGGACGACUUCGCCGGCCGGCCUGACCUGUACAGCUUCCGUUUCAUCAACGAUGGCAAGAGUCUGGCCUUCAGCACCGACCAGGCCGGCGUCUGGCGCGCUCGCAGGAAGCUGGCCUACAGCGCCCUGCGCUCCUUCGCCACCCUGGAGGGCACCACCCCGGAGUACUCCUGCGUGCUGGAGGAGCACGUCUGCAAAGAGGGAGAGUACCUGGUCAAACAGCUCAACACGGUCAUGAGGGCCGACGGGAGCUUCGACCCCUUCCGGCACAUCGUCGUCUCGGUCGCCAACGUGAUCUGCGGGAUGUGCUUCGGCCGACGCUAUGACCACGACGACCAGGAGCUGCUCAGCCUGGUGAACCUCAGCGACGAGUUCGGCCAGGUGGUGGGCAGCGGGAACCCCGCGGACUUCAUCCCGCUUCUUCAAUUCCUGCCAAGCAAAACGAUGAAGAGAUUCCAGGACAUCAACACCCGCUUCACCGCGUUCGUGCAGAAGAUCGUCACCGAGCACUACACCACCUUCGACAAGGACAACAUCCGCGACAUCACAGACUCGCUCAUCGAUCACUGCGAGGACAGGAAGCUGGACGAGAACUCCAACGUCCAAAUGUCCGACGAGAAGAUUGUAGGAAUUGUCAACGACCUCUUCGGAGCUGGUUUUGACACCAUCUCGACCGCUUUGUCGUGGUCAGUGAUGUACUUGGUUGCAUACCCGGAGAUACAGGAGAGGCUUUACCAAGAAAUUAAGGAUGAAGUCGGCCUGGAUCGCACUCCUCUCCUCUCUGACAAACCCAAGUUACCGUUUUUGGAGGCCUUCAUCCUGGAGAUCUUCCGCCAUUCUUCAUUCCUCCCGUUCACUAUCCCUCACUGCACGUCAAGAGACACAUCUCUGAACGGCUACUUCAUUCCAAAAGACACAUGUGUCUUCAUCAAUCAGUGGCAGAUCAACCACGACCCUGAGCUGUGGAAAGAUGCGUCUACCUUCAACCCGGAGCGCUUCCUGAGCCCCGACGGCACAGAGCUCAACAAGCUGGAGGGGGAGAAGGUAAUGGCUUUCGGCAUGGGGAAGCGGCGCUGCAUCGGCGAGGUCAUUGCGAGACACGAGGUCUUCCUCUUCCUGGCCAUCAUCAUCCAGAAGCUUCAGUUCUCCGCGAUGCCCGGAGAGCCUCUGGACAUGACCCCAGAGUACGGCCUCACAAUGAAGAACAAGCGCUGCCACCUGAGGGCUACAAUGCGAUCAAGGGACGAGCACUGAAGCUAUAUUUUUUAAUGUACUUUGUAUGACUCUUGUUGUUGUAAAGGUUGACUCUAACACUUUAUGGGUGACAGUCAGGUUAAGAGUCGGUAAAAUAAGCGUCUUUCCCUGAAUGUCAGGCACUGGAUGCCAAGUUUAAGCUCCAGAGCUUAAUGGCUUUAAAAGCAAACAAGUGAAUUUUUGCUUGCAGCUGCUGCAGAUUGUCAGUGAUGUCCUGGUUUGUAUGAUGAACACAUCUCUUGUCAUGUUUUUGCUUCUCACUGAGAUAGUCCUGCACAUGAUUGGUGCCUCUAAAUGAAGUUUAAGAAGAAGGAGUUGUAAAAUACUCAGUGACUAUAAGUUGUCUUAUUCAACUUUGGGACAAACUGUGUGUUUUUAAAGCAUGGGCAUUCAUAUUUAGACCUCUGGGCCCUACUUCUUUUUUUUUUUUCCUGUGACACAACACUCUGGAAAGAACAAAUAUUACCUUUUGAUACCAUUUACAUGUAUAAGCUAAUUAAUUGUAUUCAAUUUUGAUGUGGAUGUAAGACACUGAAGCUAUAUUUGGAUCCCAAAAUGUGAUUUUCUAUGUAUAUCAAGUUCUUUGUAUUUUUUAAGUCAGUUUUUUGGUUGCCUGGCGUUUGUAUAUACUUGAGGUGAAAUAGUUUUGCUGCGCAUCUAUAUGAAAUUUUCAUGUCACCAAAAGACGCCUAGAGAUAUUUUAAAUACAUUUUUGAAGGCUAUGAAAAGUUGUAUUAUUAUCUCUAAUGUGUCAAUGAUUGUCUCGAUGUUAGGGCUUGCAAUCUGUGGCUUUUUAAGCAGCCACACAAAUAAAAAAUAACUAAAUAAAAAGUCCAUUGUUGA